GUUGCCUUCACGGCUCCUCAAGGGGAUUGCCGUGCGGAGCUAAUUUCAGUUGCUCGGGCGAUCGCUUCCACUCAAUGACUCGAUGGGGCUUGUGGAAAGGGAAAGCAAACCACCCCACGGAAGCAAAGCAAUGGCUAUUCUCUCAUGACAUGACAUGGGCCUACCCUACUUCUCUCCAUUCUCCUCCCUCUCUCUUCUUAUAAAGAUCGAGAGAACUCUGGGACAAGGCCACAUUGCUUUCCCUUGUUCUCUCUCUCUCUCUCUCUCUACAAUGGCGUCCUCAUCGUUACCUUCUGAUGGGAGUGAACGGGAGGAGGAGGAGAUAAACAGCGGUGACCUGACUCCGCUGCAGAAGCAUGUCGCCUUCUUUGACCGGAACAAAGAUGGAAUCAUCUUUCCCUGGGAGACCUUCCAAGGGUUUCGUGCGAUUGGGUGCGGUGUUGCUUUGUCCACGUUGAGCGCCGUCCUAAUUAACGUUCUCGGCCCCAAAACUCGCCCUGGAAAAAUACCUUCACUCCUUCUCCCUAUUUACAUAACAAACAUCGAGAAAGGCAAACAUGGGAGUGACUCGGGUGUCUAUGAUAGCGACGGGAGGUUUGUUCCUGCAAAAUUUGAGGAGAUAUUUAAGAGGCAUGCUCACACUAAUCCUAAUACACUGACAUCGAAAGAGUUGGAUGAGAUGCUUCAAGCAAAUCGAGUUCCUAAUGACUACAAGGGACGGUUUGCUAGCUGGACGGAAUGGAAGAUCUUGUUCACUCUCUGUAAGGACAAAGAUGGAUUGCUUCACAAGGAGACCGUAAGAGCUGUCUAUGAUGGCAGCCUAUUUCUUACAAUGGAGAAGAAGAGAGAGUCUUCUCAAAAGAAAGCAUGAUGAUGGAUACAUAGCCUGGAGAAUGGAUUGUCUGACAUUGAUUGCUUCAUUAAACAUAUUGUGUGAAUUAUAUUUCAAAAUAUUGAUUACCUAGUAGCAUUGUGAACUUGUAUAUUAUUAGUAGUACUUGUAUAUUAUUGGUAAUACUUGUAAAUUAACAAUUCAAAUUUCAAAAAUAAAUUAAUGGAAUAUUGAGGGUUUUUCUAUUUCAGUUUA